CGGCCGCCCCGGCUCUGUGGCGAGGCGCCCUUGAUGGCCGCCGCCCGCCGGGCAGCGCGCAGGGACCGAGCCCGCGGCCGGAGCGGGACACGGCCCACACGGCGGGACGCGCACCGCGGGCAGGGUGAUCUUCGCAGAAACUCCUAAAGGCUUCAAAGAUUUCUUUUGGGCAAAAUAAGUGAGCUGAGUUGUUCUGAUAAAGGAAAAUGGAUCCUUGUUCAGUUGGAGUUCAGCUCCAGGCUACCAACGAGUGCCACAAGAUCUAUUACACCCGUCACACUGGCCUCAAAACCAAACAAGAUAUCUCUUCAUCUGACCUCCUGCUGCUUCAGCUGAGGACUGGGAUAACCCUGUCAGAGAACAACACAAUCUGCUUCCACCAUGCCAAAAUUUACAUUGAGAGGUUUGAAGACUUACAAAAAUCCUGUUGUGAUCCCUUUAACAUCCACAGAAAGCUAUCAAAGAAAAACUUGCGAGCCAUUGACUUGGACGAUGCGGCUUUUCUGAGUGCCAAGUUUGGAAGGCAGUUUGUUCCUGGUUGGAAGCUUUGUCCCAAGUGUAUGCAGAUCAUCAAUGGAAGUGUGGAUGUGGAACCUGAGGAGCGCCAGAGGAGAAGGCUGGAUCCAGAUGGGCGUACAGCUAAGGCUUUAAAGUCUCUCCAGUUUGCUAACCCAGGACGACAGACUGAGUUCACUCCAGAGACCAGUAAAAGGGAAAAAAGAAGGCAAACCAAAAUCUCAGUGUUUAAUUCAGACAGGCAAGUAAUUCCAGCCAAGAGCAAGGUGUAUGACAGCCAGGGGCUGCUGCUGUACAGCGGGAUGGACCUGUGUGACUGCCUGGACGAGGAUUGCCUGGGCUGCUUCUACGCCUGCCCCAAGUGCGGCUCCAACAAGUGCGGCACCGAGUGCCGCUGCGACCGCAAGUGGCUCUACGAGCAGAUCGAGAUCGAGGGCGGGGAGAUCAUCAGGAACAAGCACGUGGGCUAGGGGCCAUCAUGGCCCUUGUUCCAUCCCGAGUGGAUGGGCCAUGCUUUGGGUAAACACAGCACAUGCAGGGUUUAGUUUACUGUAAUCUGUUGGGACUUGUCAGGACCCGUGGGAUGAAUGCGCUCACUUUCACAGUUGUUUUCAGUGUGGUCAUGGACAUAACCAUGCUGCUGUCUUUGCACUGUAGUCAGGCUUCUUACUCAUGCAGGUGGGAUCUCACUGAACAGCUGUAUUCAGCUACAAGGUGCUGAAUUCUAAUGUGAUCUAUCCUGAGCCACUCGCUAUUCUUUCAUACAUUGGUUUGUAGAAUGUACCAUCUCUGUGCAUCCCUCAUGUCUCCUUCUCAAAUUCAGGAUCUCGUGGGUUUUAAUCUGUUUUAGGUGAAAGUUCUCAAUGAAUUCACAUGCAGUGUUAAAGGUGCUCUCUUUCUAGUAUUAAUAGUGAAUACUGUGUCCUAUAUAGAGUAUUAAAGCUACAUCUGGUAAAUCCAAUCCUGUUCACUUAAAAAGGAGUCAAAAGCAUUUAGGUGUUCAGAUCUCAUCCCAGUUACUGGGAUUUGAGGUCAAGUUAUCCUUAUGAAUUCAUAAGGGUAUGAAUUCAUAUUAAAAUAUUGAAAUUAACCUGUCAAGGCACUGUGUUAAAGUAUUACUUACUACUUUGUUGGUUUCCGUAGAACAAAAUUAAAACAGUUUUGCUCUGUUAUCAGUCUGUAAUUGGACUGAACCAGUACUUCAACAGCCCUCUCCCUGUUUUGUCUUUUUACUGAUUUUUAAGGUUUAUAUGCAGUUGAAAUGAAUUUGAGUGUUUGUUUCCAAACAAAGAUUUCCAAACAGUUUUUUUGACUGUUGCCAAAAAAACCCAGAUGAAUGGAAAGUAUCUUUGGUUGAUAUAUUAUCUGUCUUCAUAAUAUUAAACUUUUACACUAUAAGAAAACUUAUUGAAAAGAUUUUGUAAAUUAACUCUUAGUGACAUUUUUAUUCUUGUAUUUUGUUGUGUUUUGUAUAAAUUUCCUAUCUUUUGGUGGUUUGGUUUGCUGGGUCACAUUUUUUCAAUAAUACUGUUAAGUUCUUGCAGACUUACUUGGUAAAGUUGUAUAACCUUGCAAUGUGCUCAGCAGGUCUUUUUCUUUUCUGGUAAGUGUCAUGAAUGUUGCCUUGGCAAAAUCCAAAGUUAUGCUUUGAGUUAUGCUGACAUCUGCUGGUCCUGCUGGAGUAUAAGCACUGAGAUGCUACAUUUUUAUUAAAUCUGUUCUAAAAAUAAAUCAGACUCUUUCUUUGGU